UGUUUUUUUUUUGCAUAAUAAAAUGUAAUUGUUUUAUUUUAAAGGUAAUUUUUUUCAAAUUUAGUUUGCAAAAGAAAAAUUGUGUUUGCAAAGGAAAAAACUAAUGCAAAAAAAUUGUUUUAACAUGCCACGCGCGACUGUUUAAUUUACCGUAAUGCCAAUGGGCCUUUCUAAUUCUGCAGUCACAUUUCAAAAUCUUAAGCGAAUCGUAUUAACAUGUAUGGAAUGGAAGGGAGUGUUGGCCUAUCUGGACGAUAUCGUUGUGUAUGGACGCAAUUUCGGUGAACAUUUAAAACGAUUAUAUGAAGUGCUGAACCGAAUCGAAGAGAAUGUUCGAUUUCUUGGACACAUUGGCUCUAAAGAUGGCAUAGCCUGUGAUCCGGACAAGACUGCAGCUGUAGCUUCGGGGCCGGUACCCAGAUCAGUGAAACAGUGGACACAGAUGCUUCUGACCACGCCCUAUGAUGCGUGCUUGGACAAGUCGUCGACGGGAAAGAAUAUGUGGUAGCAUAUGGAAGCAGGACAUUCACAAAAGCAGAACGACACUACUCUACCAGGCGAAAGGAGUUACUCGCAGUAAUCUUUGCAACACAACUAUUUGAAUGCUAUCUUUUAGGCCGGAAGUUUACACUACGAACAGAUCACGCAUUACUCCGAUGGCUAUGGAAAUCUCGGGAAAUCUACGCGCAAUGUGCCCGUUGCGGGUAUAGACUACUUGACCCAAUUCAACUUCGAGAUUGUACAUCCCCCAGGAGUCAAACACAAGAACAAAGUAAAUUGUUUCAGGAGUUCGUCCAACUCAUGGGGAGUAAUAAAACUCGCAGCACGGCUUAUUAAAACAAUUGCCAUAAUCCAAAACUACGUUCAAAAGGACGAGAAGGGAUGCAUUGUUAGCGGUGGUAGCCGCUUACAAUUCAAGUAAGCAUGAAAGCACUGGCGUCGCACCUCAUUUUCUGUUGAAAGGUCGAACACGUGUCUCUCAGCAGACUUUAUGAAUCCGUCACUAAACCACACAGCCGGAAAAAUUCAGAAGACUUGCCAGCGCAACUAUCAUUGGCAAAAGAAGUAGUUCGCGAGAAGCUAGAACAGCAACGGGAACGAAUGGGGAAUCAAUAUAACAAAAAGAAAUAUGAAGUCGAAAUGAUUCUCGGUGACGUAGUUUUGUUAACUAACCCAGCGGUGCCGGUUGGAAAAUGCAAAAAAUUUAAUCUACCAUACAAAGGCCUCUUUUAGAUCAUCAAACAUCAUGGCCCAGUCAACUACGUCAUACAUGAUAGCGAUGGCAAACAACAAACUAUACACUACAACAGGCUUAAGCCCACACCGGUUCCUUGGAAAAGUUGAGCAAACAGAAAUAAAACAGUUGCGACGAGACGCAACCAUCACCGCGACCACUGUCGUCAAUACCCUAUACUGGGGCCAUGUAUUAAGUCACACGGCGGAACCUUUGACGAGUGAUGUGCGCGACGACGAGCGCGAUGAUGAGCACGAUAAUGAGCAAGAUAAUGAGCACGAUAAUGAGCACGAUAAUGAGCACGAUGAUGGGCACGAUGAUGAGCACGAUGAUGAGCACGAUGAUGAGCACGAUGAUGAGCACGAUGAUGAGCACGAUGAUGAGCACGAUGGUGAGCACGAUGAUGAGCACGAUGAACAAAAUGAUGAACACUACAGAAACGUCGGACAUCGUCAUGUUCAGUCUGUAGUGGACAAUGAGGAUGCUGCAGACGCCAGGGGAGCUAGCCUUGGUGCUGAUGAUGGGACCUGUUCCGAAAGCACAACUGGCGCACGGCCGGUACGUGUGUAACGCAAAUCAACACGCUACCCGGAUGAUGUUUUUUGUUUAUAAUUUUUGUUGUGUAUUGUUUAAAAAUCUUCCAGGAGUAUGAUCAUUAUGAGUGGGAGAGUGUGACGUAUUGUUUCUUCUAGCGUUAAACGGUUUGGGCUUUUGUGUGUAGUUUGCUGUGGCGUUCUUCUGUAUUGUUUCCUAGUUUUUCUUCCGUUUUGUGUUUGGCUUUUGUGUUGAAUUGAUACGACUCGCGCUUGUUAACCUCUAAGCAUAAUUGGUCGUCGUGGAGCGAGUGGGCCUUUUUC